AUGCUUGUUUCCAGCAAGGAUAUUGUUUUCUCGUCGGAGAAUGUGAAGAAACUCGUAGAGCGGUGUAUUCCAAAAGAGAAUAUUGAAAAAAACGUUUCUUCAUUUCAAACUCUAUAUAAUUUUCAGCUCAUCCCAGCCGACUGGAAAUGCGACAAAGCAGAUAUUCGCUCAAACCUCGAGUCCCUUUUGGAAUGCUCCCGUGGCCAAUUAGGAAUGUUCCAGAACGUUACUGCUCUUUUCCAAGCACUGGUCAACUUCCUCACUGCUCCUGGAUGUGCGAAUCUGCUCCAAUUCGAUAGGAUCUAUAUGACCGUACCUUUAAUUCAUAACAGUAUCAAAGGAGUUGAAUAUAUCUACAAGAAGGAUGUCCUCGAACUUAUUUCUCUUGCUGUUCCAUGUCCAUUCGAAGGUUGGCAAGCUGAAUUGGUUCGAUUGGCAGUGAAGAGUCGUCUGAAGUGUUUCGAAGCCGAAUGGAGAUCUCGAUUCAAUUCAAAUUGCGAAAUGAUCAAAGUGGACCUUAAAAUCCUAAACGUUUUUGCUGCAAAUCUGUUCGAGUGUGCAAAAGCAUUAUUCAAGAACACCGAAUUGUGUAUGCCCAAUCUGCCGGACUUUUCCAAUGUCGAGUCUACAGAUGGAUCUUAUGAAAUGUUGAAAUCUUUCGAUGAGAAAUACCCAAUAGCGAAGAACAAGCAAUUUUAUACCCAAAUGUUUUCGUGGGUUGUGACCGUCGGAAAACUAUUCAAAAAGGUCUUGGAGGAGAGUUUUAUGUCUGCUGAUGAUUCGAAGGCAACGGUAAGACUGUUCAAAAUUGGAAAGGAUUCUUUUGUUAUGGCUCAUGAGCUGCUCCAAUCAAUGAAAAACAAGAACAUGGACGUAUCGGAGUUCGAAGAGGAAGUUCUUCAAAUGUCGAAUUUGGCCACUUUCAAUUUCCGAGAAGUCGCUCAAAAGGUGAAGAUUGGAGACAUGAAGAACAUUGAGUUUAUUCGACUUAACUCCAAAGUAUCCACCACUGCAAUCCCAAUCCCAGCACCAGAUGGAACUUAUUGCGUCCGUGCCACCGAUGCUCUCUACGAUCUGAUCAGCGAUAUGAUUGUGGCCAAGAAAGUGUUACAGAGAAUUGAUCGAGACACAUUUGAGCACAUCCAACAAUUCUUCAAAUCUAUGGAGCACAUCUUCCCUGUCAAUGGCGGAGACUUUUUCAUCAGUUUGGACAACGUGGAAGUCAUCAAAGUAAAGUGGGAGAAGACUUAUGAAGAUCAUUUGAAGUCGUUAGCACCUGUCAAGCAUAUUCGGAAGGUCAGAAAUGGAGGAUUCACAGAAGAUGAUUUGGAUAAAGAACUGGAUUACCUGAAUCUCUACAACAGUUUCCCGGAAAUGAAGCGAGAGGUUAAAUGGGCAUACAAGAUAGUCACCAAGGAUCGGACAUCUACUUUGAAACUUGAAGAUAUGCACUCCGCUGUCUUUCAAUGUCAAUUGACGAUUCUUUUGGUGAAACUUCCCAACCUUUUCAAAUUUCUGCAUAGCCAAAAGAUGUGCAUGAAGUGGGUGCCGUAUUUGGGAUGUGUUUUGUGCGAGACGUCGACACGGCCGACACUGAAGAAGCUUCUGAACAAGCCUUCAACAACCAAAGAAGAGAUCAAGGAACUGAUGGAAAUGACUACCGUUUCCGCGGUACCACAGCCACCAAAAGAAGAUGGCGUCAUCGUUGAAGAAAAGGACCAAGACGUCUCAUCUGAUGUUCUUCCGAAGAAGAAGCGAUCCAGAAAGACAAAGAAAUCUGAAGAACCCCAUCGAAGCACAUCGGAAUCUUCUUCGUCUCCAGAAUCCGAAAUGCCAGAAUCCUCCAAGGAAUCCCAAUCUUGUCCGAAGUGCUCUAGGGCAAGCCAUUUUGCUGAUGUGGCUAAUGAGAAGCUGAGAGUAUCCAAGGUCGAGUGUAAGCAUCUGAAGAAAGAGUUGGCAAAUGCUGAGUUAGAAGUCGAAGUUCAGAAGCAGAAAGGAAUGGACAAAGAUGAGAGAAUCAGAUAUUUGGAAGAACUCUUGAAAUCUAAAAACGAUAUCAUCGAAAGGCAAAAUAUGGAUCUUCUUGUAAAGCAAGACACGAUCAUGAAUCUUGAGAUGGAAGUGGAAUCUAAUUACAACAUCAAUCAAGAGAAUUCAAUCAUUAUUGAAAAUCUUGGAAAAUCUCUCGCAGAUAAGGAUAAUAGAAUAAGGUACCUGGAAGCUCAACAAGCAUCGAAAGUGAGAAUCAUGGAACCAACUAGAAGUGACGAGGAGACGGAGAAAGUCAGAGAUGUGCUCUUCAAACUUCUCGAGAUCCAAGGAACCCUUCGAAGCGGGAACCCAGUUGGAAAAUGCAGAGAACUUGCUCAACGAAUCUGUAUGAAGGCUCACAACAAGCAAAUCGAAGAUGCCACUAGAAUUGAAGCAAUUAAAUUUUGCGAAAAGGCUAAAAUCUACAUUCAAGCAGUCAACACCCAGUUGGAGAUGAUUCGUGGAAGCCGAGUAGUCAAACCAGAUGAGAUUCCAGAACUUCCAGAGUUCCCAGCCCUCUCCAAAGGAUUCCUGAAGACCUACGAAGACAUCUUCAAGUCAGAAGCUCCAAAAAUUUGCCAACCUCUUCUGAAGACUCCAGAAGUGAAACCAGGAGAGCUUGCUGACACUGAUUGCUUGAUCUGCAUCGAGGAAAUGGAAUCGGAGGAAGGAACAAUCAAAUGCGAGUGCUGUAAACGGAGAUACCAUACCGAGUGUGUUCAAGAGUGGUUCAAGACAAAGAGAACGUGUCCUGCAUGCAGUUCAGCCCUUCUGGAUGAUUCCGAAUUUCCAACAUUGGGUCAAAGAUGA